UCUCACAGUUUUCCAUUAAUUUUGUUUUGUUUUUGGUUACAAUGAAGAAAGCUCACACCUUCUUAUAAAUGAGUGAUCUUUUUUCUUUUCCUUUUACAUAAACUUUUUUUUUUUUUUCUUUGUUUGAGUUUUCAACAAAAAUCAGUGAACUUGAGUCUCCCUUCCACUUCCGCUUCUACUUCCACUCCCCCACUCAAGGGUAAAGAACUGGAGGAGUAAAAGAGCGGGUGAUUGAAACUGGACUCAAUAAUUCAGUACGAUCGAUUAUUCCGACCAAAAGGGUUUCGAUAACAAAAAAGUUGGAUUAACAGUUUACGUUGACGAGCUGGAUCAAUGAUGGCAUUCAGAGCAGAGUGAUCUUGGUUUUACACUCCAUUGACUGAACAAUGGGAUCAGAGGGAAGUCACAGGAAUUUGGUUGUAACUCAGAUUUCUGUUGGCGGGUUUGAUAAUGAUGUCACUGCUAAAAUGCUUGCUGAGUACUUUGAAGAAAAAGUGGGAACAGUGUACAGGUGUAGAUUGAAGACUUCCUCGACCCCUAGUGAUACGUUCCCCGCCUACAAUAUUGACUGUAAGGUUGCACCAAAAAAAUUUGAUUAUGAAAAGGUAACCCCGCAUGCCUUCUUACAUUUUGCUCGCUCAGAAGCUGUGCAUCUUGCCAUGGACGCAGCUGGUCGUAGCGAACUGACACUGGGCACGAAGUCUUUGAAAGUUAGUCUCGGGCCAGAAAAUCCCCAUCGGUUGAACGAGAGGAGGAGGACUGAGAUUCCGUAUCGGCUUUCUGAUAUCAAGGUUGAGAUUGGAGUAUUGGUUAGUCGGGAUGAGUUCCUGGUUGGUUGGAGGGGUGAUCCUACUGGAUUUGAUUUUCUAGUGGACCCAUUUAACUCGACUUGCAGUAUACUCUUUACACGCGAGACGGCUUUCGCAUUUAAGAAUGCACCUGACUUUGCAGUAAUGAAAUGCGACUUCAAGGUUUCGUUCUUGGUUCGUGAAAUCCUUUCAGUAGAACAAUACCAAGAGUAUUCAGGUUAUGUCAUAUUCCUACGGUUAUUCUCGGCUCCCAAAAUCUUCUACAGAACAGCAGAUGAUGAUAUUGAAAUAUCAUAUCCAUUUGAUUUAUUGGAUGAUGAUGAUCCAUGGAUACGCACCACGGAUUUCACACCGAGCGGAGCGAUUGGGAGAUGUAACACGUACCGAAUACUGGUUCCUCCGCGUAAGGGGGGAAUCCUCAAAAAGGCCUUGAGUUAUCUUAGAGAUUGCAGGGUGCAUGUUGAGGAUAUCGACUUGGCAAGAAGGCUUCAGGUGAAGGAUGAACCCAGUUUUGGCACGCCCUUAUCUAAUCCAUUCUUUUGCAUCCAAUCCAAGGACGGGAUAACUUUUAAGGUGAUGUUCUUAGUUAAUGCUGUGUUGCACAAAUGUAUAAUAAAUCAGCAUCAGAUGUCCGAUAAGUUCUUUGAUUUGUUAAGAAGGCAAAGAGAAGAGGUGAACUUGGCGGCGCUGAGGCACAUUUAUUCUUACAAGUGGCCUCUAUAUGAUGCUUGCAAGAAGCUUGAAUCUAUCCAGCAUUGGCUGCUGAAAAAUCCGAAGCUUGUUGAACAACCUAAACAGAUUGAUGAUAUUGUUGAAAUAAGAAGGUUGAUCAUUACUCCGGUUAAAGCGUACUGUCUUCCACCUGAAGUUGAACUCUCAAAUAGAGUCCUUAGGCAUUAUAGAGAUAUCGCUGAUAGAUUUUUAAGGGUAACUUUCAUGGACGAAGGAAUGCAAACAUUGAAUAAAAAUGUAUUGAAUUAUUAUCCAGCCUCUAUCGUUUGGGAUCUCAAUUCAAACAAUAGCCCUCAAAGAACUGCAAUGUUUAGAAAGGUGAAGGCUAUCCUUAGCAAUGGAUUUUAUUUGUGUGGUCGGAAGUAUUCUUUUUUGGCUUUCUCGGCUAAUCAGUUAAGGGACCGUUCUGCGUGGUUCUUUGCCGAGGAGAAGGAUGUUCAGGUGGAUGGUAUCUUAAAGUGGAUGGGGAAAUUUUCUGAUCGGAACAUUGCCAAAUGUGCUGCCCGGAUGGGACAAUGCUUCUCAUCCACUUAUGCCACAGUUGAAGUUCCACCAGACGAAGUUGUCCCUAAAUUCGAUGAUAUCGUGAGAAACACGUUUGUUUUUUCAGAUGGGAUUGGCAUGAUAUCGGCUGAACUGGCUACCAAAGUGGCCAAGAGAUUGAAAUUGAGUGAAGAUCCUCCGUGUGCUUAUCAGAUUCGCUAUGCAGGUUGUAAAGGUGUCGUUGCAUGUUGGCCAACACAAGUUAAAGGGCGCCAUUUGUAUCUCAGGGAAAGCAUGCAGAAGUUUGAGUCCAACCACAGAAUUCUUGAAAUCUGUUCGUGGACCCGAUUUCAGCCGGGGUUUCUUAACAGGCAAAUCGUCACUCUACUUUCUGCUUUGGGUGUAAGAGAUAGUAUAUUUUGGAAAAUGCAAGAAUCGAUGAUUUUUAAGCUGAAUAAGAUGCUUGAAGACGUUGAUGUAGCUUUUGAUGUCCUUAAUGCUUCAUGCGCCGAUGGCAAUACGGCAGCAAUAAUGUUAAGUGCUGGUUUUGAACCUAAAACCGAACCUCAUCUGAGAGGGAUGUUGACUAGCAUUCGGACAGCACAGCUUGGGGACCUGAGAGAAAGGGCCCGGAUAUUUGUUCCUCAUGGAAGAUGGUUGAUGGGGUGCUUGGAUGAGCUUGCUGUGCUCGAGCAAGGCCAGUGCUUUAUCCAAGUUUCACAUCCUUCUUUGGAAACUUGCUUCUCAAAACACGGUUCAGUGUUCUCAAAGGCGAACAAAAAGAAACUACAGGUGAUCACAGGUCUAGUGGCAGUAGCAAAGAAUCCCUGCCUUCAUCCUGGAGACGUGCGGAUUCUGGAGGCUGUUGAUCUUCCUGAGUUGCGCCAUCUGGAUGAUUGUCUGGUCUUUCCUCAGAAAGGAGAUAGGCCCCAUACAAAUGAAGCUUCAGGAAGUGAUUUGGAUGGUGAUUUAUACUUCGUUACUUGGGAUGAAAAUCUCAUCCCUCCUAGUAAAAGCAGCUGGACACCAAUGGAUUAUGCACCCGGAGAGACUAUAAAAUUGCCUCGUGAAGUCAAAAAACCGGUAAUCAUCUAGCAUUUUUGUUUUGUAAAUUGAUUGCCUCCAAUAUCACUGUUUUGUAUAUAUGCUGCGUUUUGUGGAUUGACUGACAUGAUGCUUUUGUUAGUUACUUUAGUUUUAUGGCGGCUACUUUUUCCCCUUGUCUUCUUUAGCUGGUUACUUUGUAUGCAUGAUAAUUUGUUUACACUGUGAUGUUUGUAUUUUACUGAGUCUCAGAGAAGCAGAUUUUUCACUUGGCCAGAAUGGAAUUUAACUGUGCUCCCUCAUCUCUUGUCACCAUCUCAUGAUUUUUAUUAUGUCAAAUAAUUAAUACGCGUUAUAGUUAUUUUUAACUGCAAGUUAGUAUCACGCACAGCAACUGCCAGUUAUUAUCACGCACACCAAUUUUUUUUGUGCUUUUGACAAUAUUGCCCCCAACAAGAUUCAAUCAGUUGUAGGAGUUGAAUCAAUUAAAGGGUGAAUUUCACGAGUGAAAAAUUUUGCUUGGUUUGAUAGUUUGUGCUUUCGUAACAACACCAAUCAUUUAAAUAUGUGCUUUGAACGGUCUGUGGGGUGUCAUUCAUUUCUUGUAAUAGAGAAGGAACAAAAUUAUUAUCUUUAACUUCUUUCUGUACUUUUUCUUGCCCAAUUCUAUUUUCAGGACAUAAUAGAAUUCUUCACGAAGAACAUGGUUACGGAAAGCCUAGGUACUAUUUGUAAUGCCCAUGUUGUACAUGCUGACCUGAGCGAAUAUGGCGCGCUUGACGAGAAGUGCAUCAAACUGGCUGAGCUAGCUGCAACUGCAGUUGAUUUCCCCAAAACAGGAAAAAUUGUGAACAUGCCUUCGAAUUAUAAACCGAAAGUGUAUCCUGAUUUCAUGGGGAAGGAAGAAUUCCAGACAUACAAAUCGACAAAGAUACUAGGUAAGCUCUACCGUCACGUCAGAGACGCUUGUGGUCACGAUGAGGCUGCUGUAUAUGUCACCGAUAACAUCCAGUAUGACAAAGACCUUGAGAUUGAGGGUUCUGAGUUGUUUAUAAUGGAGGCAUGGAAUAUCAAAUGCUCUUAUGAUGGACAGCUCCAAAAUCUCCUAGGACAAUAUAAAGUCAACCGUGAAGAAGAAGUUGUUACUGGUCAUAUUUGGUCGAUGCCAAAGUACAACAGCAAAAAGCUCGGAGACCUUAAAGAGAGGCUCAAACAUGCAUACACAAACCUCAGGAAGGAGUUCAGAAAAGUUUUCGAGGAAAUGGAGCCAGAUUUUGAUAAGCUACCUGAUAAAGAGAAAAAUGUUAGGUACGAAAGAAAGGCUUCAGCUUGGUAUCAGGUAACUUACCAUCCUUUUUGGUUGCGGAAAUCGCAGGAAUUACUCUGGCCAGAUGGUACUGUUGGUGAUACGGUAAUGUUAAGCUUUCCUUGGAUUGCUGUGGAUUUCAUUGCUCAGAUCAAAAUUAGGAAGAGAGCAGUGUCUAUAACUAACUCUAGCAAACCGAUUGAUGCACUGGGUAGGUAUCUUGCUGAUAAGAUAUGAUAAAUCUGAGUGGUAAAUGAGUAUCAUUUCUGGUGGGCCGUGGUUCUAGCUAUUGUUGUUUUAGAAUUACUUAUUAGCCUCAUAUACGAGGUGAGUUUCUAAAGUACUCCUAUUCUAUAGUAAGAGUAGGGUGAUUGACUAGGUUUGUCCUAAUGGUAUUGAGUGAGGAAAUGCUACUCUCUCUAUUUAUUAAGAGCAACGAGCAAAUCAAAAGCUUGUCAAGACAUUUUGCUAGAAGAAGGCAUGCUAAAAUUUGCUUGAUGAGUUCUAAGUUAUUUUUAAUGGAUCUAUUGUCUGCAAUUUUUUUUCUUCA